AGCAUAAACAAAGGACUCUCGGAAGUGCGAAAUUGUAUAUGCUGUCUGUGGUAGAUCGAGGGACAAAUUUAUGGUUAGAUUUGCGCGAUUUUACAGAAUCAAUGGUCUGAGGAUUCCUUUGAACAUCUUUGUAGCAACUCUUACCCUUAAAGUUGUCAUGGCUACCAUCAUGGAGGCAGGUCUAACAUCGUCAGCAUUAAUGACAUGCGAACCAGAAUGGAUUGGCUUGAAAGUAAAUCUGUUCGCCUUUGAUUUUGACGGCACCUGUACCCAAAAGGAUACAACAAGCCUUCUGUACAAGGCAACAGAAAAGUACUGCUCCUCUACUCAAGCUGAAAUAAAAGCUAUCGAUGAACAAUGGAAUGAACUGGGAAAGAAGUACUGGACUGGUCACCUUGAGGUUGUGGCCAAGUCCCUCUCUGUUCAUGCAGAUCCUGAUAUGUCAGCAUUUGACGAGAAAGGACUGAGGUCAUUCCUACAAGAGGUGCACAAAUUUGACUUGAAAAUGACUAAGGAAGUUGAAGCAAGUGAAAUUCUUAAAGGAAUUUCUAAAGAAGCCAUCAAAGAAGUUGCAAAAGAAGUUAAGCUUAAUCCUGGGUGUCUGAAUGUUCUUAAUCACGUCAACUUACCACUACAUUUGAUAUCAGUUAACUGGUGUCAGGACUUGAUCCAUGCAAACCUGGGUCACCUCAGACAUUUGAACAUCUUUGCAAAUAGCCUUCCACUUGAGGGUGAACUAUCUUCAGGCAUUAUUGGGAAGAAAUUGAGAAGUGCCUUUGACAAGGAAAUUAAAUUCCAGGAUCUUGUCCGCAACAGAUCUGUGGAUAGUUCUGAUGGAAUUUCAGUCUUUGUUGGUGAUUCAAUUGGCGACAUACUGGCAUUAUUGAAAUCAGAUGUUGGAAUUGUGAUUGGGAAAAGUCACACCUUCAGAAAAGUAGCCAAGUCAUUUGGUAUCAAGCUUCUGCCCUUGCAAGAAAUCCAAAAGAUGACAAGAAAUGGCUGCCACGAACAAGCUAUUCCAAAACAGAAAGGAGUGCUGUUUGAGGCACCCUCAUGGAAUGAAAUUGGAUUUACCUUGUUUGGAACAAGAUACACUCCUAAUAAAUUCUAGAGCAGAACUGUCUUGUCCCCUUUUA